AUGCACUUCACGGAUCAAACUAUGGGGUUUCCCGUCAACAAAUGUGUCCAUGAAAUGAGAAAAAACAGUGUUUAUAGCAAGUGGACGGGUCCAAUUCUUGUCAUUAAAUCUGAUCACGAGGGACGACCGGUUCCAUGCAAAGGAAAAGAUAGCCUGUACAUCCCUGAUGCUAUCGAACACAAUCGUUGGCGUACACGUAUGAACCCUCGGAGCUGGGCAUGUUUAAAAGCUAUGGAUUCGCAACCCCUCAAUGCCUGCAGGCAAGCUGCAUGUUUAAGUUUAAAAAAAACUACCCCUCUCCGAGAUGAACCUCAUGUAACCACCUCAUCCAUGGACUAUGAAGUACCUUUUGAUAUCAUUGACGUGAUUUUGGACGACCUCACCUACAACUCUGAUUGGGAAUCGAUCCGCUCUCUCUCCCUAACGUGCAAAGAACUAAUCAAACCAUGCCAAAAGCGGCUGUUUAGCACAGUGCCCAUCCAUCCCUUAGUGGCCUCACAGCUGGCUUCCGUUCUCACCGAACGCCCACAUCUGAUCUCCUACGUUCUGCACCUUCAUUACUGCUACAUAGAUGGAGAGAGCGACACUCGCACCGACAUCUUGUUACUCGGGAAAUUUGAUCAACUUCAGAGUCUUCACAUCGUUGGUGACAGGACGGACAGAGGCACAGCUUGGGAUAUUAUGGCCCAAGACUUAAAAGUGGAACUCAUACGAUUGCUCAGGUGUCCAAAACUGGAAUAUUUAUUGCUAACAUGCGUUCUCCAUUGGCCGGUAUCCCUUUUUGGCAAUUGCCCCAACCUCCGCCGACUGAAAAUCGGAACUGUUGGCCUCGACGACACCGACUUAACAACAUUCACCACACCCCCCUUUCCAACUGCUUGCAAGCCAAAAGGGCUUUCUAUUGGCACCGCCGCGUUCUACGCUCUCGAGGAACUCCUCGCUGCACGAUGGCCAGAUGGGAAACCUGUUGUUGACCUGUCUCUGCUAACCAUUCUCCAUGAUCACUCAAUCCAUACACCCAUCGAAGAACUCAUAAAAAUUUGUGGCGGCCGGAUUGAAAUACUCUAUUUUGCUUACUUAGAUCGCUUCCGAAUGUUAGCCAACUCCAACGAAUUCAAGGCAUUGCGCGUGAUAAUUGGAAAGGCACAUUGGAAUGACCUUCGACGCCCCCCAAAGUGUUCUUCAAACGUUGAAGAGAUUUACUUGAUGAUCCUUGAACCGGCGAAUGGCAAAGCAAUCAAUAUCGAGCAUGUCAUCUCAUGGCUCAACCCCACACUCUUCCCAGCACUACGAUCUUUCACUACCUUUCAAGAAUCCGGCGCGAAUUCUGAAGUCGUGCUCCCACUGCCCUUUGUCAAUGGGCCUGCCCUGUUCAAAACACGGGGCGUGAAAGACAUUGAAGAAUUUGAAGCUCUACACAGUGUCAUAAAAGCCAACAGCACAGUUAAUAAUAUCCGCCGCCAAGGCAAUAAUGCUAUCACUGCAGACCAGUUCCCGACCUCAUCACGUUAUGACGUCUUUCUUCUCCUAUUCUACACAUACUUCAAACUGCCGCCCUCUAACAGUGUUCUACACCACUAUGACCAUGUCCCCAUCAAAUCGAACUACAAAUGCCAUUGUACGAUUUUCGGCCAGAUCCUUUAUGUCCACCGAUCCAGCCUAAUCGGAACGGGAUGUACGGUGACCCACAUUGUUCCUGUCGCCAUUUACGAUUCACCAGCGCUUCGAACGACGUUUGACGACUUCAACGUCCGGCCGUGGCUCACGCUCGACACAGAUUACAACGACUGGGUUGAAGGACAAGACUAUGACGUAUACUCACAUUUUACGUCUGAUGACAACGUGCCUAUCGGCGUUCGAUACAUCAUCCUACAUGAGCCUCAGGACACAACAGCCUCACCCGCGAACGAAUACAUUCACGCUUUAAUGGACAACAACAUCGACGCCAUGCCGUGGUUGGGCAAUCUCCUAAUUUUUAAAACAGACUGGGGGAUGGAAGUCACCAAUAUUGAAGAUGAAGACUUGCCCCUCAUCAAACGGCUCGCAACUCUCCACGUCCUGAAGGGACGAACACCGUAG